UGUUUCACUGCUGCUGUUGUGCAGACAAUAAAGCUAUUAUUGCUGGUUAUAUGGCAUUAAAUCUUUUCUGUUCUGCUGCAGUAGACAGUGGACUUUCUCAGCUACACAGUCAAAGCUUUAACUGCUGGUAGCUGUAGGAUGUAAUGAUUGACAGGGAAUGAGCCAAUGGUUUAGCUACAUUUUGACUAUGUGGAGCUUUUAGUUAAUAAAUCUUUGUAAAGACUAGAUGUGUUCAAAUGAACCAAGGGAAGCUGGUAUUGUAUAUUCUGAGAAGGAAAGACGAUACAUCAUGUACUUCUCAAAACCAUUUUCCUUCUGUAAAAAACAAAAUGUUACAACACUGCUUUGUGAAGAAAGUAAAAGUCAUCAUGGAACUUUUUAACAACCGUGUAUUUCAUAAGAGCUGUCUGUUAGUCACGGGUUUGCAUCUGCUAUAGUAAAAUGUGUUAUCUCCUCAAGGAACAAUGCUGAGUUCAACCACACGAGAUGCCCCAUAGGUCCAAUCAUGAGUUAGGUGCUCCUUAACAUCAUGUUGGUGCUGUUAUGUGAUUGUUUACAGUCGGUUGUCAGUGUGAGGUUGAUGGAAUUCAUCCCAGCGUGUGUCCAUAGCAUGAUCAUGUGUUCUGUGCGGUCAUGGAAGGAUGCAAUCAAUAGUUAACACAUACUGGUAAAGUAAAACCCUGGUUCCCAUAUACUCCUGUCAUGAAUAAAUAGCUGUUGGAUGUGUAGGAUCAGUCAUUGUUUAGAGAUCAAACCAUGUCCCGGAGCUUGCACACAGGAAAUCCUGUCCAGAUGCUGUGAAAGUCAUUGAUGUUACUACAGUAAAGUCCUCAUACCGUCUGCUUUACAACAAGGACGCUGGCCAGGGUAAGAGGCUCUGUGGUACACGCUGUGCAUCGACUGACUAGAAGUUCAAAUUUUAAACAUUUUCCUUAUAUAAAGAGCUUCUCUCUUCAGCUUCUUUUGCUGUGAUGUCAGAUCUCUGUGUGCAUCUAGAGUUUCUAGCACCACAGCUGCGUCGCAUCCUCAUAUACUAAUUAGAAUUAUUCCACAAGUGGAAAACUUCAUUUUGUGGACAUGAUAUUUAUUGGAAUCAGCUGCAGGGUCGCUUGUUCCUACUUUACUCAAUUUCCUCUGACCCAGUAAAUAUGAUUUAUAAGCAUAAGCUCAGUAAAGUACAGUACAGUAAUGACGGUACACAACAUUAACCUUGUUCCAGACAUGCUUGUUUGUAGUCACCAAGCGUCACAGGGGUCACUUAAGACGCCGGUUCCCAUGGCGACCUGGUCUCAAGAGUUCAAGGUUCAGACCCUCACUGGAGACGGUAUGUUUGUGUGUCUGUGAAGGUCUGCGUUUGUGCAUGUGUGUGCACAUCAUUCAGCCCGAGCUGACACUGUCAGUCAUGGCAGACAGCAGUGCAGACGGCUUGCCAGGGUUAUGCUUUGCUAUGUGCUGAUACUCUGUGGAAGCGUAAGAUCAGCUCUUUCCCUUCAGGAUUCACCCCCACACACACAGUGAGUGCUGAGCUCAGCAUGAAAUAUCAUGCUGGAAACAAUCAGGGUUGCUGCAGAGACUCUGUUCCUGACCUAUUUUCUGACAACCGCAAACACUGUGAGUUUGCGCAGGGCACAUUUAGUCUGGAUAGGUUCUCCUCUGGCAUUUUAAUUAAAGGCAAGAUUUGUUGUUUUGUUUUCUAACAUCACAUUAUCAGCUUCUGUUAGCGGUCACAACACAUCCCUCCCACCCCACCAGCAGGACCCUUGUAGAGGCAUGUCAUUGUCACACCUCCCUCUUUCUGUCACGGCUUCCUGUUUCUCUCUGAAAGGUAAAAAGAAUCUGCAUCUAGACAUCACACUUUAACAAUAAAUAAAGUAACAUAAGAAAGAACAGAAAUCGUACUAGUCAUGCAGUCGCACACUGUCAAAUGGCCCAGAUCGUUUGUGUGGGGACAACUAAUGUGAGAGUUUUCCUGAGGUCACAGCAGGGUGAGGAUCAUGUCACUGCAGUUCUAGUGAAGUUUAGUCCUUUAUUCUGAACUUUAUGGAAGACUUUACUAAUCUUAUAUCUGAUUUAUGUUUUUAAUUUCCUCCAAAUUGUUUCACGUAAGCCAGUUUACAAUAACAACCGACUGGGCUGGUUUAAAAUGAACCUAGUGCGUCCUACCACUGUGACCCGUCCUGAAACUGCAAGGAUCCCACAAGGUUUUUAAACGCACAUAACUUUGUUUUACGCACUGACCCACCUUAGCCAAUCACUGAAAGUCACAGGGUCUCCCAGCUUAUUAUAAACAGUCCCUCACCACUCAGCAAAUCUUCAGCUACUUCCUGGACGCAGUGGCCAAUUAGCAAUCCUCUCUGGGAUUUGUGGCCAAUGAGAGAGUGGCCUGCCGAAGUCCAUUUCCUGCGUGAUUUUGAGCAGGCAAGAGCUUCCAGUUUGAGUUGUGUGACUGAUUGUUGAUGGGUUUGGGGGAUCUUGUUAGAAAGAUGUCAUGGGAAUUUUGGACUAAACAGCUGGACGAAGAGGAGCUGGUUGAAAGUGGAGGUUAUGAGGAGUACAGCAGCGGCAGAGCAGGUAUGAACGGCAACGGCCCCAGCAGACUCGUGGACCCACUGGACGACCCAGUGCCGGGAGUCGGCACGUAUGAAGACUUCAACACUAUCGACUGGGUCAGAGAGAAGAGCAAGGACCGGGACAGACACAGAGAGAUCGCUAAUAAGAGCAGACAGUCGACUGUGGCUCAGCUGCUCAGUCUCGGCGAUGCCUUCUCUGGGUGGCUCCUCAUGCUGCUGGUGGGACUCAUGGCAGGUGCUCUGGCUGCCGGCAUCGAUAUUGCAGCCCAUUGGCUGACAGACAUGAAGGACGGGGUGUGUCUCACUGGUUUCUGGUUCAACCAUGAGCACUGCUGCUGGAUGUCCAACGAGACCUUCGAGGACAGGGACCGCUGUCCAGAGUGGCAGAGCUGGGCUGAGCUGAUAACUGGGACUUCACAGGGCGCGUUUGCCUACAUCAUGAACUACCUGAUGUACAUUUUCUGGGCUCUGCUCUUCUCCCUGCUGGCCGUCACGCUGGUCCGGGCCUUCGCUCCCUAUGCCUGUGGCUCAGGAAUACCUGAGAUUAAAACCAUCCUCAGCGGGUUCAUCAUCCGAGGCUACCUGGGGAAGUGGACGCUCAUCAUAAAGACCAUCACCCUGGUUUUAGCUGUCUCUUCUGGGCUCAGUUUGGGGAAGGAAGGCCCCCUGGUUCAUGUAGCCUGCUGCUGUGCUAAUAUACUCUGUCAUCUGUUCACCAAAUACCGCAAGAAUGAGGCCAAAAGGCGGGAGGUGCUCUCUGCAGCAGCAGCAGUGGGUGUGUCCGUGGCUUUUGGUGCUCCAAUUGGAGGAGUCCUAUUUAGUCUGGAAGAGGUGAGUUACUACUUCCCUCUGAAGACUCUGUGGCGGUCGUUCUUUGCUGCUUUGGUUGCAGCCUUCACACUACGCUCCAUCAACCCAUUUGGAAACAGCCGACUGGUGCUGUUCUACGUGGAGUUUCACGCUCCUUGGCACCUGGUGGAGUUGGGUCCCUUCAUCCUGUUGGGAAUAUUUGGAGGCCUGUGGGGGGCGAUGUUCAUCAGGGCCAACAUUGCAUGGUGCAGGAUACGUAAAACCACUCGUCUUGGACACUACCCUGUCAUUGAGGUACUGGCCGUAGCUGCGUUGACUGCACUGCUCGCCUUUCCUAACAGUUAUACCAGGAUGAGCGGCUCUGAGCUGAUUUCUGAGCUGUUCAACGACUGCUCCCUGCUUGACUCCUCUCAGCUGUGCGGCUACAAACAGCCAACCAACACAUCAGAAACAGGUGUGGGCAACAGCCUGGCAGACCGGCCAGCAGGAGCUCCCCUCUACACAGCUCUGUGGCAGCUGGCCCUCGCCUUAAUCUUCAAGAUGCUGAUCACUGUGAUUACCUUUGGCAUGAAGGUUCCUUCUGGACUCUUCAUCCCCAGCAUGGCUGUUGGAGCCAUAGCUGGCAGGCUGCUGGGCGUUGGGAUGGAGCAGCUGGCCUACUACCACCACGACUGGCUUAUCUUUAAAGGGUGGUGCUCACCUGGAGCAGACUGCAUCACACCAGGGCUCUACGCCAUGGUCGGUGCUGCUGCAUGUUUAGGUGGAGCGACUCGGAUGACUGUGUCGCUGGUAGUCAUCAUGUUUGAGCUGACUGGCGGUCUAGAGUACAUUGUCCCUCUCAUGGCUGCGACCAUGACCAGCAAAUGGGUUGCAGAUGCUUUUGGAAGAGAGGGAAUCUAUGAGGCUCACAUCAGGCUGAAUGGCUACCCGUUCCUGGAGCCCAAAGAAGAGUUCGAGCACAGCAGCCUGGCUGUGGACGUAAUGAGGCCAAGGCGCUCAGACCCGGCACUGGCUGUGCUCACCCAAGAUGGCAUGACUGUAGGGGAGGUGGAGACCCUGGUGGAGACCACACACUACAGCGGCUUCCCUGUGGUCAUCUCACAGGAGUCCCAGAGGCUCGUUGGGUUCGUUUUCAGGAGAGAUCUGCUCAUAUCGAUAGACAACGCCCGGAAGCGUCAGGAGGGUGUCGUGAGUGCCUCCAAGGUGGUCUUUACUGACCAUGCUUCUUCCCAGCCUCCUGAUGCCCCACCCCCUCUGCGCCUCAGAGGAAUCAUGGACCUCAGUCCCUUCACCGUCACUGACCUCACGCCCAUGGACAUCACUGUGGAUAUUUUCAGGAAAUUGGGGCUGCGCCAGUGUCUAGUUACACACAAUGGGAGGCUGUUGGGCAUCAUCACUAAAAAGGACAUAUUGAAACACAUGGCACAAAUGGCAAACAGAGACCCUGAUUCCAUCCUCUUCAACUGAACCCCUCCAUCCUUCCUGUUCACCUUCUCUCUGUAGACCAGGGGAAGAAGACAUCAGCAUGUACAGUUGAAAGAAAUGCACCUUUAUUGCUUCAACUUGAUUGAUUGUUGAGCUGCAUUUGCACAGGUGAAGACAAAGGAUAUAUUUUUGUAGGUUGGGGGCGUAUUUAGCAUUGUGAAAGCCAGUGCAACUCUGGGAAUGAAAACUCAGAAACAAUGACUCAUCCUAACUGACACCGUUGGCCCCCCAUUGACCCAGAUGUAGGACAGAUGUGCAGUGGAUGAUCACAUUUGUUCCCGUCGGCCUGUUGGUGGAGCGCACAGAAACUUUGAAUGUUGCAUCUCCCCCGUUGGCCAUCUUGCUCCGCUGCACCUGAGAGGAAACUGGUCAAAAGGAGACGAGAAGAGAAAAUCCUCUGUUAUAGGUACUGACAAGAGGAGGGGCGGGGGGGGGGGAUAAAGACAUUUGCUUGGGGAGCUCCGUACCUGCCCUCUGGCUGUCGCAGCAAGCCCAGACAGCGCACCCAGAGUGAGGCUGAUGGAUCCUCAGACACCUCCCCUUGUUUUUUCUUCCCUCCCUCCCUCCCACUGCGAGGGAUCCUGCAGCCUUAGGGCGAAGGAUACGAGAGUGUGAGAAGAAGAUCUGAAGCUCACAUUGAUUUUACCCUCUAUUCAAACUUCAGCCUGGGAAUUCCAGACGUGUCUUUAUGUCACACAGACAAUUUGUCAGGCCUGAGAACUAUGCAGUGUUGUCUUAUUAUACAGACUUUCAGAUGGGCUGUAUAUAUAAAAUUUACACAUAUACAAAAAUAACUAAAAUCAUGUCAUGCCUUAGAGAAAGAUUGAUGUUUUCCUGGGCUUCUGUGGAAGGGCUGGUAAAACACAAAGAAUCAUAAGUUAAAUAAAUUAAUAGAUGUAAAUGUUAAA